AUGCCCCGCCACGUCUCCCAUCUGCAGAACUCAAAGAGCAGCACCGUGGCAUUACCACGUUUCGCCAUAGCAAAGUCAUGCCUCUACCCUGGAGAGCCGACCAACGGCAGACUCGUCCUAGCAGAAAGGUUCACUUUUGGUUCAACAGUAAACUUCGUCUGCAACACUGGGUACAGACUGGUUGGAAAUUCUCAAAUUCAAUGUGUGAUUAGAGAUGGUGGUGUUAGCUGGGACAGAGAUGUUCCCAUCUGUGAGCCAAUACCAUGUUCACCCCCUCCAGCAAUAGCUAAUGGAGACCACAGCGGAGCCGACAAAGAGCUCUUUGAAUACGGUACGUCUGUCACUUACUGGUGCCACACCGCCCCGAGGGGAGAGAGACCUUUCUCGCUGGUGGGAGAUGCCUCUAUUUUCUGUACGACCACAGAUAACGUAAACGGUGUCUGGAGCAAACCAGCCCCGGAGUGCAAAGUGGUUAGCUGUGAGUACCCGCGAGUGGAGAACGGGAAGCUGCUGAGCGGGCACCGGGCUGAGUACACCUACAGUGACAGAGUCGUGUUCAACUGCAACUUCCGCUACGCCCUGAACGGCAGCGACACGUCCACGUGCGGAGAGAACGGCCUCUGGGACCCUCCGCUGCCGCUCUGUCAGCGCAGUAGCUGUGACGACCCUCCAGACGUGCGUAAUGCUGUUAAAGCAAAACUUGCUGGCAAUCUGUUCCCUGCGGAGACUGUCAUUACCUACGAGUGCAGGGAGGGCCACCAGUUCAGCCCGGGAGAAACCACCCGGCACGUGAAGUGUCUGCCAGAUUUUACGUGGACCGAAACUCCACAUCCUUGCGAGAGAAUUCGUUGCCCAAAUCCAGACGUCAGGAAUGGAAAGCCUUUACAUUUUUGGGGAAAGAAAGACUAUUAUGCGUAUGGAGACAGACUGGAAAUUAAGUGUGACGACGGGCAUGUUCUCAAAGGUCAUAGUGGUGACAUGGUGCUUCGGUGUACAAGUGAUGGUAGUUGGGACCCAGCAGUACCGGAGUGCACUCCAGAACCUCGUUGCCCAAGGCCAGAUACUGCUCAUGGAAGAGAGGUUUACAAAAGCAAAAAUGACUACACAGCUGGUACGCAGCUGAGGCUGGCGUGUGAUCCGGGCUACAUCCUCAGGGGCCAGGACUUGACCGAGUGUCAGGCUAAUGCCAGCUGGGCUCCCCCGUUGCCGUUCUGUGAAAAAGCCUGCGGCCCCCCUCCCCAAGUCACCCACGGGCAGCACUCUGGCUUUGGGCAGGAGCAGUUCCCCUACGGCACAGAGGUGACGUACCGCUGUGCAGAGGGUCUGUCCCUCAUUGGGGACACAUCCAUCUACUGCACCUCCGACGACGGGG